UUGUCAUUAUUGUCUAUUAAGUGUCACCGACUAUUUUCAUUUUCCCAUAAUUUUCACUAUUUUCACAAUUUUGUAUUCGAGGAAGAGAAAUAGAUGUUUGUAUUUGUUUAUUGUAUGUUCAAGUACCAUUUCUGAAGUGAAAAAUGACUGUAACUGAAUUUUUUGGAUGCGCCUUUUUAGCUUUUGGACCCCCAUUUGCUAUGUUUAUAUUUACAAUAGCUCAAGAUCCUGUACGAGUCAUAAUUCUGAUAGCAGCGUCGUUCUUCUGGCUUCUCUCAUUACUUUUAUCCUCAUUAUUGUGGUUUGCCGUUGUCCCUUUACGACAGUAUCUAAUUUUUGGACUUAUAUUCUCAGUGAUAUUUCAGGAAGUAUUUCGUUACAUUAUUUAUAAAAUAUUACGCAAAGCUGAAAAUGGUUUGAAGAAAAUAACUGAUGAUAGUGCUACCCUUAUUGACAAUAAGCAUAUUUUGGCUUAUGUGAGUGGAUUAGGCUUUGCCAUAAUAAGUGGAGCAUUCUCCUUGGUAAAUAUCCUUGCGGAUGCAGUAGGACCUGCAACUAUGGGUUUAAAAGCUGGAAAUGAAAUGUUCUUUUUGACCAGUUCAGCUACAACUUUGUGUUUUAUAUUACUGCAUACAUUUUGGGGUGUAAUCUUUUUUAAUGGAUUUGAUACGAAAAAUAAAUUACAAAUAGGAUAUGUACUUGUAUCGCAUUUGUUGGCUUCCUGUUUAACAUUAUUAAAUAGGUACCAUGUAUAUUCAGCCUCGUUAAUACCUUUAUAUGCUAUUGUAGUUCUUACAGGACUGUAUGCUUUUAAAGUUGCGGGAGGCUCUUAUAAUAGCUUUAAGAAUUGUAUCUCUCUUAAGUGAUUAAAUAUUAUUUAAAGUAAUGUUAUUUAACUUAUAAAAAAAUUUGUAAGUGCAUAUUUAUUAGUCCAUAAUUAUAAGAAUUGUAUGUGAUCUUAAAAAAAAUUAGUAUUCUAUUUUUAAUUAAACUAUUAUUAGAAAUAUAUGCUUUUU